CCCGACCCCUCCCCCCGACGCCGCCCGAGAGCGGGACGCGGCGGCGAUGGUGACUGGGCAGCGGCUCGGGGCCGGGUCCUGGGCAGGGAGGCUCGGCGGCCUCUUUCUUUCUCUGCCCCCGCCCCUCUUUCCCCUUCCUGAGUGCUAGCCACGGCAGCGGCCGAGGUCGGCGCUCUCUCCUCGCCUCCUCUUCUUCCUCCUCCUCCUCCUCCUCCCCUGCCCGGGGACCCUCUCCCCUCCCUCAAUCUCCCCCUCCUCUCGCCGCCUCCUCUCCUCUCCCCUCCCCUCCCUCCUCCUCCUUCCCCGAGUGGCCGGCCGGGCCAGAGAAAGAGAGACCGAGAGAGAGAGAGACAGAGGUGGCUGCGAGGAGGCGUAACGGUAAACUGGGAAGCAGACUCCUGAGUUCACAGCUGGCCUGUGGUUUUUGCAUCUCAUCAGGGAGCUCCUCCUCGUACAGGUGGCAUUUUUCUGAAGUUGUUCAUUGAGACUUCCCAGCAUCCCUGCAGAUAUAAUAGGGCCGGCACCACCCAGGUCUGGGGUGAAAUGGGGGUGACAGAUGGUUGGGAAGAUGAGGCUGCAACUCCCUGGUGACACCUCAAGCAGUUAAUCAAGGGACACACUGCCUCUCAGUGGGAGGUGAGGCGUGAGGCUUGCGGCCGCGCGGAGCUGUGACAUGGCAGCAUGACAGCCCCGGAGAGCGCUGCCCCACGACGCCGCCGGGACGAGGGAGCCCCCGAGCAGCGGCCACUGCCGGCCCGGAGCGCCUGAGCCUCCUUCCCGCGCCUUCCCCACCGCCCUCCGGGCUCGCCUGUACAGUUCACCCCGUGGCCUCCCGACUCCUGACGCCUCGAACAUCAAUAUGUGUCAUGUCAUUGUCACCUGUCGCUCGAUGCUCUGGACCCUCCUGAGUAUUGUGGUGGCGUUUGCCGAGCUCAUUGCCUUCAUGAGCGCAGACUGGCUGAUUGGAAAAGCCAAGCCCCGCGGCAGCGCCGAGCCCAGCGAGCAGGGCGGAGGCUCCCUGGAGCCCCACCACCCCACGCUGGGCAUCUACGCCCGCUGCAUCCGGAACCCCGGCGUGCAGCACUUCCAGCGGGAGACGCUGUGCGGGCCCUACGCCGAGACCUUCGGAGAGAUCGCCAGCGGCUUCUGGCAGGCCACCGCUAUUUUCUUAGCCGUGGGCAUCUUCAUUCUCUGCAUGGUGGCCCUGGUGUCCGUCUUCACCAUGUGUGUGCAGAGCAUCAUGAAGAAAAGUAUUUUCAACGUCUGCGGGCUGCUGCAAGGAAUUGCAGGCCUCUUCCUUAUCCUGGGUUUGAUACUCUACCCUGCUGGCUGGGGCUGCCAGAAGGCCAUAGGCUACUGCGGACACUACGCAUCGGCCUACAAACCCGGAGACUGCUCGUUGGGCUGGGCCUUCUACACCGCCAUCGGGGGCACGGUCCUCACUUUCAUCUGUGCCGUCUUCUCCGCACAAGCAGAAAUUGCCACCUCCAGUGACAAAGUACAAGAAGAAAUCGAAGAGGGGAAAAACCUUAUCUGCCUCCUUUAGUUUGGAAGAGACAUCAAUGCCGUUUUCUUGCUCCUGUAACCUUGUGAAACACUUCACUUCUGGUUCUGUCGUUUGAAUCAAGUGAAGAACUAGCUUUUACCUACCAAAGCCACGUUCCACAGCCCUGAGCCUUGCCAGGACCAACGACAGGCAACACCCAGCUGCACAAAGUGACUGCACAGGAGGGCCACAGUGCAAACUGUAAGAGAUGGAACCUGAAAAUAGUACAUAAACCCUGACAUGCAGUUCAGUUCUGUCGGACUCCAUCUCCCCCCAAGGCUCAAUGAAGGAUGAUGAUCUAAACCAUUAAAGCAGCAGUUUCUCUGGUAACACAAGAGACCAUUGGCCAGAUUUGCAGGCUGUUGAGAGACAUUUCUGCACAGGUUGCAUGCCUGCGAGCAUCUCUGCCUCAGAGUGAGGUUUGGGGGUUGGUGCUUUUGUUUCCUCCUAGUUCUUUCAAACUGUCUCAGGUGGAGACUGCAAUGAAGACUACACACCCACCGGGGAGAGGAUGUGUGCUAAAGGGCCGAGCAAGACACUGUCUGUUGCUUAGCUGACCCGAGGCGUCAGCAGGGACAGUGUGGAAUUCUGUGGUGGGACUUAAUUCUAGGCUGAAUUCCAGAGUCAGGUGGAUCAAUUGAUCUGUCACUCCAAGAGUUUAGAAAUUUGAGUAAAGGAAGAAUAAGGACCUGUCCAAUCAUGAGAAUAAAAGUACAAAAUCCUGCUAGUGGAGACAAACUGAUUCCACUCCUCAGCAGCCAGGCUAGCGCCAGUACUGGCCCAGUCUCCUCUUCCCCUGGAGAUCACAUGUUGUUCUUCUAGGGCUAGGACUGUGCUUUGACUGCCAAAGGAAACCUCACUCUGUUUCCUGAUUCCAGGGACAGAGGUCUCCGAGCCAGCUCAUUCAUCUGGUGACUGGGAGAGCUUGCCAGGAUCUCAGCACUUGCAGGGAGACCUUUUCCCACUGUGUGGUAACCAUGCUGUGUUCAGCUGUAUUCCCACCCCCCAGCAGCAGCAGGAUGGCAUUCUGUGCAGAAAAAGGAGCUAAAGAUGGGAGUUAAGUUUUUCUAGUUACUGGUGUUGGUCCUGAAAGCAGACUGAAAUAACAUUAAAUUGCUCUAACUGGUGAGUUACAUCAAAGGCUUCAUUCUCAGGAAAGCACAGAGUAGAUAGAUAGAAAGUUAAUGCAAAAUGAGAGCUAGACCAAGCUCAUAGCACCUGCCUAUACCUGUUUACAAAAUGAAUGAAACACCACUAUGAAAAAGGAUUCAGGGGCUUUUAAUCUAGUUUCUAUAAAUCACCAACAUAACUGAUUCAGGAAAAUGAUAUUAGCCAUCACUUCAAACUUACCUUGGAACGAUCAAAGUGACCAGAAAGAACCUAGUCUGGUAUUAUCCUGAGCUUCAGAAUUGCAGAAUGCGAUAGAAACACUUCUUUGCAAUUUAAGCAAAUGGAGUGGACCUGCCAAAUUUCUGGAAGGACUAAAAGGACAGGUCUCUUUAGGCUUAUGAAUCUGCUUACUUGAGGGCUUGCUUUGUUUUGAAAAUUUAACAAAUAACUAUGAACCUUGUUUGGGCAAGGUAUUGUGUGCUAGGCACCACCAGGCAUAGAACCCUGAUUCAGAUGCUACAACCCUGCCCUGAGUAAGUCAUCUUCAAGCUGUGUGAGUCUAAAACCAUGCCUUGCUGCAGAACAAGUAACUGCUUUAGUUGUUCCAUUCCAGUUUAAUUCCAUUCUAGCCUUCGGCCUGUACCAGAAACCAUUUUAUCUCACAGAUAAUGAGCUAAAGGGCAGGAAGGCAGGGGCAUGGAACCAGGACGUCAUGAGCUCACCAUUCUUAGACCAAAGUUCAGAGUAAAAGCGAGAUGUACAUCUGUGACUUCAAGGGGUAAAUGUGUAUCCUCAUAGCAGCCUGUCAUAAGGGCUCAGGACACAAACAAUAACUGUGUCUGACGCCACACAGAAAUAAUAGGUUAUGGCAGCCACUGGACAGGACCGCCACCCCUUAUUGUGCAUCUGUACGCUCUAGCCGAGUUCUGAUGCUAUCACAGUCAUCGCUUUUUAACCCUUGGCAAUAAUUUUCAUUUAAAAAAAAAAGCAGCUCCCUCCAUCAGGUAAAUAAUUUAAAACCCAAUUUUUUUUUCUUAAACUUAUCAUCACAAGAUUCACUCUACUUUUUCUUCUAUACAAGAUAGAGAACCCAUGUUAUAACACUAAUUUUACACUCUCACUCUCCUCACAGACAAGUCAUAAGCUUAGAGGAUCCUCUAAGCACGUCCAUCAUCUUUACUGCCUGACUGCGCCUUCACUGAGGGGCGGUGGAGGGUGGGAUAUUCCUAGGUCACUCUGAUAACAGAAGUCAUGAGCGAAAAUGUGACCUCUCUUGGCCAGAAGAAAGUCACUUGACAGUGUUUACUUCAUUAGUCUGAAUGCUACAGAAGACCAAAAAAAACUGCACAUGCACACACACAAAACCCCAAACCACUAAAAACUGCUUAAACACUGAUUUGUUAAGCAGAGCAGAGAUUACAUUUCUCUAGCAGAGAGAGUAAAAAGGUAACGUGGGCCUUUUAAACCUUUAGUCCAUUUAGCCAGGCUUCAGUUGGGAUAAAUGGAAUAUCAAAAUCAGGCUAGUCUAGACGAAAACUGCAUGGCUGUUUAAAAACCACUGAAUAGGAGGAAUGUGUUAGAAGGAAAUAGAUUAAAAACAAUUAGACAAUCGUUGACCCGAACCUAUUUUUCUAAUAAAUUUCUAUCAAGCGCCUCAGUCUAAAAAUCUAAUAUACCUGGACCAUUAUUACUACCAGCAAGUCUUAUUUAUUUUUUGCCUGCGUUUGUGCUUAAAGUUUUGUGAUGGGGCUGGGCUUCUCAAUGAACUCCAAGAAGGCAGAAAUGUUUGCUUUGGAUUCUGUGGAUUUUUUAAACCUGUGUGCUAAUUCAACAAUGUUACAUUAAUUAUGUAAGGGUUUUUGUAUAGUUAUCAAACAUCUGUGGUGUAAUGAUCUUUGUUAAACAUGUAUUCUGUAAAGUGCCAUAGUCUUUUUUAUGUGUAGCAUAUUUAAAAAAUAUAUAUGUAUAUUAUACAUACACAAGUCUGUGUGAAAGAUGUGCAAUAACAAAGGUGUAUGUAUGUUUUGUUUUUUGGAAACUGGACAGGAGUCAGAACAGAGAUUGUUUCUGUUUUGGCAAAGGAGAGAGUUAAACAUUUUUGCCUUCAUGGCCUAGUCAUUAACCCAUAACCAUUUUAAUGCUACACAAACCUAUGUGAAGAAAAGACUGGUAUGAAAUCAUUUUUUCCUGGGUCUAAAUUAAAAUAAUCACUAGAUUUAUGUGAAAGUUAAGCCAGCAAGACAGGCCCAGUUAAUGCUAGUCUUUCAUGUGAAAUGUGAAGCUGCCACGUUGCCUUUUCUGUUUGUGUGAUAACUAGUAGCUGGCACAUAAUCACUAAGGAGCUAUUUCUUAACAUGCUUUGAUAGACCACGUUAAUGCUAGACCACUAUUUAAGGGCUAAUCUCACACCGUCUUAGCCAUAAGGGUCUGCUUAGAACAGACCUCUCUGUGCAAUAACAUGUGGCCACUGGAAAUCCCUGGCCUGCGUUUGUAUUUGGGCAGCAAUGACUCCCAAGGGCCAAAAGAAAUAAAAGCACGACUGGGAUUUCUUCUGAGACUGUGGUGAAACUCCUUCCAAGACUGGGGGGUCAUGAGGUGCUUUGGAGGAACUCAGCACCAUUUGAUAUUCAACAGCCACUUGAGCCAAAUAUAAAAUUGUAUUACCGCUGAUGGACUCAAUUUGAGCCUUUGAAUUUCUGGUUAUCCUAUUAUAUUGUAAACUAACACAUUAUUUGUCUAGCAUUGAUUAGGUUCCUGUGCAUAUGUAUUUUCACAACAUGCUCCCCUACCCUCCCCAGAUAUGAAUUAAACCAGAUUUUGCAAACUCA